CCUCUGGAACUGUCACAGUGGCUGGAGGAACCUCUGGAGCUGUCAGAGUGCUGGCAGUAGCCACUGGAGUUCUCACAAUGGUUGGAAGAGACACAGUGCCUCUCUCUGGGACUGAGAGUAGCCACAGGGCCUGUCCUGGUGGGCUGGAGUAGCUGCAGGGCCUGUGCAGGUGUUUCAGGAGCCCUGGGCUGUGCAGAACCCAGGCCAGCAGCCGGACGUGCUGUGGCCGCAGCGAUGGCACACGAGGACAUCAGCUAUUACCAGGGGCAGUACAAGGACAGGCUCCUGCCCCUGCUCAGGGAGCUCCGGGCCAAAGAGGAGGACUCCACGAACUCAUUUAUCUGCGUCCUGAAGAAGAUGAAAGAAGUGCGGCUGAUGGAGAAGGUUGUGGAAGAGACAGAGGAGGCCUUCACGGAGAGGAUGGAGGCCCUUGCUGAGCAGUGGAGGGACCUGCAUGCCAGGAGGGCCCAGCUGAAAGCCCACGUGGUGACAUCUGGGACGACUGUAAAGGAGAAUGAAAGGCUGAGAACCCAAGCUCUGAAGAAAGCCAAAGAAGAGAAAGAGGAGAAUUCAAAAAAGGAGAGUGAGCUCUUGAGGGCUAGGGAGAAACUGGAAGCUCUCAGAAAACAGCACCAGAAAUUCUCAAAAAAAUUGCUGAAGUACUCCCUGUUCAAGAGGUACCUGGAGAAUGUGGUGGAGAAUUCACAGUUCCGGGACAUCGAGGACAUCAUCUCCUACUACAAGGCCCUGCUGAGGACACGCAAGGACCUGCUGCAGUCCCAGUGGUGGUACCGACAGCUGAUGGAGCAGGGCAAGGUCCUGCAGCAGCAGAUCAGGGCAAAGAAGGAAGCUGAGAUGCUUCAGUGCAAGAAUGACCUAGUGCAGCUCAAAGAAUCUCUUGAGCAGGCUCAGAGCGACAUCCUCCAGUGGGAGGAUCACUGGGCCGAGGUCCAGGAGAGGGCUGCAGGGAAGGCCACGGAACUGAAGUCCCUCACCAUGGCCAUCCACAGCCUCUUCCAGGCCGCCAGUGCACGGCUCCAGCCAAAGGGCAGGGUGGCAGCUGGGGACAGCCACAGGCAGCUGGACAUGAUCCAGCAGUUUAUCUACGACCUCCAGGACUUCACAGAGGACAUGAAGGAGCGCAGCCGACCUCUGUGAGAACCUGCCCUGCCAGUGGGAGAGCAGCAGGGCAGGCAGGGAAACAAGAGAUGAGAGAACCCUUCAGAUAUUGCAGACUAAAAUAAAUAGCAAUUAUUUUAAGGCA